AUGUUCGCAUCACAAUUCAGUCUAUCUGCGCCAACAAACGAAGAUUUGCAUGUUUCGGAAUUGGCCAGAGAAACACCUGCACUAUCCGGAACCCUCAACGAUAUGAUUUCCAAGCAAUAUGACUUUCAACAACCUGUAACUAUGCAUGCCGAAGCGGCGAUCGGACAAUUUUCACUUCAGUCAAUGCCGGAUGAAAAGAUGGAGUGCUCGUUGGCUGGAUACUGGUGUCCAGAAGCAAAUAACGAUGCGUUUUCCGGGCGUAGUGAUGUUGGUGAAGGUAGCUCACUUCGCUCGAUCUGUCCCGGAAGUUUGCUUGACGAUCGACUGCUCGGAUCACAGUCCAGUCUGUCUGUGCUAACAAUUGAAGAUAUGUAUAUUUCGGAAUUUGCCAGAACGCAGCCUGCCUAUUUCGAAACUCUCUGCGAUGAAAUUUUCAAGGAAUGCCACUUUGAACAACCUGUAACCAUGCAUGCCGAAGCGGCGACCGGACAAUUUUUGUUUCAGUCAAUGACUUGCGAAAAGUUGGAACACUCGUUGGCUGGAUGCUGGUAUCCGGAAACAAAUCUAAAAGAAUUGAGACUAACAUCACAACCGUUAGAAAUUAUUAUAAUGACUCACAAUUUAUCCUCAAAAAAUCCAGCGCUCUAA